AUGGUACGACCAUUUUUACUAUUCAUAUAUUUGGUAAAAAUUUUUAUUCUAAUACAAAAACUCAAUGGAACAACUGAAUAUGAUACAUAUUUUCAUGUAUUUUCAAAACAAAAUAUCGAUAAACCAAUAUCAAUCAUAUGGACAGAUACAACAAAAUGGUUAAAAGUAAAAUCAUUUCAAAAUUGUUCAAUUAAAUUAAUUGCACAUGGUUAUGCUGAACGAUGGAAUAUGGAUUGGCGAUGGGAUUGGGUUAAUGAUAUGAAAAAUGAAUUUUUAAAUAAUAAAACAAAAGAAAAUAUUUGUGUUAUUGCUAUUGAUUGGGAAAAAGGUGCACGAGAAAUUAAUUUUAUUACAGCUGUUGCUAAUGCUGAUAUAGCUGGAGAACAUUUAGCAGAAUUUAUACAAAAUAAUUAUAUUAAUCCUAAACGUUUACAUUGUAUUGGAUUUAGUCUUGGUGCUCAUCUUUGUGGAUUUGCUUCUAAUAAUUAUUAUAUAAUAACAAAGAAACAAACUAGAUUUGCACAUAUAACUGGUCUUGACCCAUCUGGUCCACUUUUACGUAAAGCAUCAAUUGAUAAACGUUUAUCUCUUGAUGAUGCUGAUUUUGUUGAUUGUAUUCAUACAUCAUCAACAUUUGGUUUACAAGAAAAAAGUGGACAUAUGGAUUUUUUUCCUGAUGGUGGAAAAAGUAAUGCAAAAGGAUGUGAAAAAUUUAUUGUAAUUAAAGAUAAAGAUGAAAUAGAAACAAAUAUUCGUAUUAAACGUUUUCUUUUUAAUCGAAAACAAAAACAAGAAAGUUCUACUAAUGAUAAUGAUCUACCAGAAAAAAAUUUUAUUGGAAUAAUACGUGAUCGAAUUGGAAGAAUACGUUCAUUAAAAAAAGUUUUUCUUAAUAUUCAUGCUUAUAUUGGUUGUAAUCAUCUUCGAUCACCACAUUAUUAUAUAUCAUCAAUAAAUCAAUGUAAUUUUCGAGCAAAACUCUGUUCAACAUGGUUAAAUUAUCUAUCAAAAACCUGUAAUGAUCCAAUUGAUAAUGAUUUAACUUAUCCACGUAUGGGUUUUCAUGCUGAUAAAAGUGAUUCUAUUUAUCGACGUGGGAAUAAUAGUUACUAUUUAAAAACAACGCCAAAAAAACCCUAUUGUUCACCCUCAUCAUCAUCCUCUACUACUGAAAAAAAUCCUAAAACACGAACAUCUGUAAGAUCGAAAUUAAAAAAAAAACUAACAAAACUUCGUCCUUAA